CUGGUAACGUUUGACGUCAGUACUCAUUCGGCUCGGCGCUACUCUGAACGUGUCUUGGACCGGUGUGAUUGGGAGGAAACCCCGUUGACUGCACUCAUUCGGACAGGCUGAGAGAAUCAGCUGCACCUUGGUACGCCUACAUCUGCUAGAAUUCAGUGAGCAGCCAUGAGCGAACCGUCUCAGAAGGAACUGGUACAAAAGGCCAAGCUGGCCGAGCAGGCUGAGCGCUACGAUGACAUGGCUGCUGCGAUGAAAUCGGUGACAGAGGAGGGCGAGGAACUGACGAACGAGGAGCGCAACCUGCUGUCAGUGGCCUACAAGAAUGUUGUGGGUGCCCGUCGCUCCUCUUGGCGUGUGGUGUCCAGCAUUGAGCAGAAAGCUGAGGGCAGCGAAGGGAGACAAGCCAAGGUCAAAGAGUACCGGGAAAAAAUCGAGAGAGAGCUGAAAGACAUCUGCAAUGACGUUCUGGUUCUUUUGGACAAGUAUCUCAUCCCCAAAGCGGAGGCAGCGGAAAGCAGAGUAUUUUAUUUGAAAAUGAAAGGAGACUACUUCCGCUAUUUGGCUGAGGUGGCUACAGGAGAUGAGAAGGACGGUAUUAUUAAAGAUUCACAGAAUGCAUACCAACAGGCCUUUGAUAUCAGCAAAGGAGAAAUGCAGCCGACACACCCCAUACGCCUCGGUCUAGCCCUUAAUUUCUCUGUGUUCUUCUAUGAGAUCCUCAAUUCUCCAGAAGAAGCUUGCCACCUAGCCAAACAGGCCUUCGAUGAUGCCAUUGCAGAACUGGACACACUGAGUGAAGAAUCGUACAAAGACAGUACACUAAUCAUGCAGCUAUUGAGAGACAACUUGACACUGUGGACUUCUGAUAAUGCAGUCGAGGGAGAGGACACAGAGGAGCCCAAAGAUUGAGCCUCACCCCCAGUCAUCCCGUCUGCCUGACAUCAUCCAAAGUCCUCUUAAUGUUGAUCAGCACCUUAUCCACCUCAUUCAUAACAUCCAGCUUGAUCCUUUGUUUUUCUGACUAGGUCUUAGCUCAUAUCAUUCUUUUCAGUUUGCUGUUUGUUCUGCAGUAACUGUAGAUAAACAAGCAGGGGCUUUAAAGUGUGAUGAAGAAGGUUUAUGCAUAUUUGGGGUUGGAUUGCUUGCGUGAUUAAGAUCUUGUUCUGGGUUCAAGCAUUUUUAAGGGUUUCUUAGUCUUGAGACGUACAGCAAGCAGUUUUAGACAUCGUGUAUUCUUCUCAUAAAAGGUGCCGUUUGUAAGCAACUACAUCUUUUGAUGACCAGUCUGGUUGCUCAAUACUAGAAGCUGCCUGCUUACACCUGACCUGGCAGGAGAGGAAAUACAGCACAGGUAGACACAAUGAUGACAUAAUGGGGAGUGCUGGCGAUGAAGGGCCAGGUUUUACACAGGUUACAUUCCAUAAACUGUCAGUUAUCAACCUUCUACUGUCUUUAUUUUUCUUUGUUGGGAGGGUGGGCGGCUUUUGUAUGUCUGUGUAUCCAUUAUGAGGUAUAGAAAAUGAAAAGAACAAGAGCACAAGCUUGUACUGUUGCUGUUUUUGAAUGAGCAGCUCAGUAAGUAUAAAAAAAUCCCACUUUUUAUAUUAUUAAAGGUUUUUGAAAAUAAGGUUUUUUUUUCAUGACUUGCAUAAAGAUUGUUAAAGGGUCGUCUGGAGAAGUAGGAGGCUGUUUGCCGUUUAGGUUUGUCUGUCUUUGGGAUUUUCAUACUAAACACUUGAGCGUAACUGUUAAUGGGGAUAAUGCAUAAUUUCAUUUAAGUGAAAUAAACAAUUUAAACGGUU